GUGAAGUGUGUUUGAGGCUGGACAGCAGAGAGUGAACAGAGAGGCGCACUGACUCCAAAAGCACAAGUGGAUGGAAAGAGCUCAAUGCAAUGGAGAAACUGAACCGCGGCGCAGAGAUCGGUGCUCUGUAAAACUCAGGAAGAAGAGAAGAGGUGCUUGCAUGAGAUAAGAGGGAAUGAAGAGUAGAAUAAAGAGUUUUAAUGAAGAGUUGAGAUUGUUUUUCUCCAAAAUGGCACGGAUUUGCUCCCAUGCAAAUGCGCAUUUUGCAAAGAUGACAUAGCACUUGAGAAAAUGGGAUUCCUCCAGGAACAGAACUCACUCACGACCUGAAUGAAAAGAGAAAAGGGAUUCUAUUCAAAUCGGAAUUUAGUUUGGUUUGUUUUUUCUUCUUGUACUUGACAAGCCUCGGUUGUGAGUGAAAGCAGAGUGAAAUAUGAAUCUGGGAAAGGCAAUUCUGUUUUUCCUCCUCUCAAAUUGUGUGACAAUGACUUUGUCGCUAUCCACUUGCACCACUGUGGACAUCGACCACAUAAAGAAAAAGAGAGUAGAGGCGGUCCGGGGACAGAUUCUCAGUAAACUCCGGCUGACCAGUCCGCCUCAAACAACAGGUCCAAGUCAAGUACCGUUUCAGGUCCUGGCCCUUUAUAACAGCACCAAGGAGCUCAUUGAGGAGCUGGGAAGAGACAGGCACCAGAGUUGUGGACAGGAUAACACAGAGACUGAGUACUAUGCCAAAGAGAUUUACAAGUUCAACAUGAUCAAUGGUCCGCCAGAACACAAUGACCUCCCCUACUGCCCUAAGGGUAUCACCUCCAAGGUAUUCCGCUUCAACGUCUCCACGAUGGAGAAGAACUCCACCAACUUAUUCCGGGCCGAGUUUAGAGCCCUGCGGACCCCCAACGCCGGCGCCAAGAGAAACGAACAGAGGAUUGAGCUCUACCAGAUCCUCCAGAAAGACGACCCCAAAGCCAAACAGCGCUACAUUGGGGGCAAGAAUGUCCUGACCAAGGGAACGCCUGAGUGGGUCUCUUUUGAUGUGACAGAGACAGUGAGAGAGUGGCUGAUGUACCGACAGACCAAUCUGGGCUUGGAGAUUAGCGUGCACUGUCCCUGCCACACUUUCAGGCCUAAUGGUGACAUCAUCGAGAACGCCAAUGAGGUGCUAGAGGUCAAGUUCAAAGGUAUGGAAGCAGAGUUUGACGAACUGAGCCGUGUGAAAAAGCAAAAGGAGCAGCUCUACCCCCACCUCAUCCUCAUGAUGCUCCCUCCCCACAGGCUGGAUGCCCAAUCUUCCUCCCGCAGGCGCAAGCGGGCACUUGACACCAAUUACUGCUUCAACAAUUAUGAGGAGAACUGCUGUGUGCGACCACUAUAUAUUAAUUUCCGGCAGGAUCUGGGCUGGAGGUGGAUCCAUCAGCCUGAAGGGUACUAUGCUAACUUCUGCUCUGGUCCCUGUCCUUACCUACGCAGCGCAGACACCACCCACAGCUCGCUGCUGAGCCUAUACAACACCUUGAACCCUGAAGCAUCCGCCUCACCCUGCUGUGUUCCUCAGGACUUGGAGCCCCUCACCAUCCUCUACUACGUGGGUCGCUCCCCUAAAGUUGAGCAGCUCUCCAACAUGGUCGUAAAGUCCUGCAAGUGCAGCUAAACUUCAGGGCUCUGGGGCCCGGCGAGAGACGUGGGGAUGUGGCGGCUCCCAGCAUUACUCAGGGGCGGGUAUGAGGGGUUAGAGGGGGCGCGGUACACUUUGCCCUCCAUGAGUACCUCCGACCCCUGCUUCAGCCUUACCCGAGCCCUCUCUCUCACAAAAAGAUAAAAGAUGCGGUCCACCACUCUGCUCACAAUCAUCGGCAGCAUUUACCAAGAAGACUUGUCAAACACCACUCCACUAAUGGCACUCUCAAACCCAUCAGACCUCUUCAGCAAUCGCCUUUUUUUGACAUCAGUGUUUCUCAUGUUUUGUUUUUUUUUCAUAUUCCAGCAUUUUUGAACAGCCUGUACCUCAGUGUUACAUAACCGGAGGAACAGAACAAUAAUUGCCUUUCAGUGACCACUGCAUUCUUACGGACAUUAAAUAAUUGCAGUCAAACAGAGAAAAUGACUGAGAAUGCAGACUGAGCUCAGCAUAAUAGGAAUACGUCAAAGAGGGUGAAACUAAACGAUUGUUUGUUGAGAGCAAACACAUCCCUCGGCUCUGACGCACAGGACACCUUCAAAUGUCCGAGCUGGAAACCAACGCUGUGCACGCCGCAGCUCCCUACACUGUUUGUUUAGGAUAAAAUGCUGUUGAAUGAAAAAUGACAUUAGGAAAAAAAAAAAGAAAACAUGCUGGAAACCAACGUUUAU